UAUACCUGUUAUGAUUUGACUCUUUAGAAGAACUUUGAUCGCCAAAGUCGUAAGAGCAUAUAGCAAUUUUUCGAGACCUUUGGUACAAAUUCCAUCCGAUUAACAUUUCAAUCGUCAAUUUUUUUUUUAUAAUAUCCUUUUUUUUCAGCUCACGAACAAUCAACAAUUUGAGCAGAGAAAUAUGAAUCCAUCCCAGAUAAUUGGACAAGCCCAGGCACAACAAAUUUGGGAUUCAAAUAUUUUUCAACAGUUUAAAGAAUUUAUGGAAAUGCAGCGUGCUUCCCAAAUGUCUUCCAGUUUCGAUCGAACAACCGUCGGACAUAAUCGUUCAUUGACGGCAAUGGUUGCACCUCCUCUUGAAUUGCCAAGUGCUGGUGAUUUAUUAAGAGACACGAUACAACAAACACUUGCUUCUUUAGCUGCGACUCGUGUCGAACAACGAGCCAACAAUCAGAAAAAAAGAAACAAUUAUUACUGGCACCUAAUCCAAUUCAAUAACAACACCAUCCAUCAAUGUCUGGUACAAUAG